AUGAUGAACCAAUCGUUUUCCGUCAGUUUGACCUUCAGAUGCUCGCAACCUCCACCAUAUCGUUGCGAAGAGAUUAUAUAUCGUUUUGCGCGGAAUCCUUAUAAAUUGGCAAUGACCGUACUGGGUCUAGAUAAAAUUCUUUUAAGGAGUUUCGCUCCAUGGGAACCUUUAUUUCUGAAAGAUACUAAAGUUGUUGUGGACGCUGACGACUUAGUUGGUUUUCUACAUGAUAAAUUUUCUACAGGACUGUAUGGUGGUGAGAAUCUUUCUUUUUACAUGGUGGUACGUUCGUUCUUUUUGAAUUUGCAACGUUCGAAUGUGGAGCCGUACUUCAUUCUAAGGGGUUGCUGUGACAUGAAAAAUCAAAAAUUAAAGCAUAAACAGAAGAAAGAAUUUAACGUGUUAUCACAACUUAUUACAGCCGUAAAAUUAAAUGCACUUGAUAAAAUCCCCAAAGUACUCAAUUUAUCAGCUAGGGAUGUAUUUUUGUAUGCUUUAAAUGAAUUCCCAUGGAAGUGUAUUAGAGUUAAAUCUUUUCCUACAACUGUUUGUACCGCUAUUGCUAUAAUUUUACAAUGUCCAGUUAUUGGUUUAUCAUCUGAUUAUUAUAUACUUAUGUCAAAGAGACAAAAUAUUCUUAAUAGUUUGGUUUCUCAACCAUAUUCGAGUCCGACAUUUCUUACACUUCAUUUGGCCAAUCUAAAUUUGAGUGGUUCUAGUAAAAGUAGUGGUGAAAAAGAAAUGUUGUUUCACAAAUUUAUUCCUAAACUUUCAAUUUUAGCGAGAUCUUCAGAUUUUCACUUGCCUCUUUUAGCUGUGUUAGUUGGUACAGAUGUUGUGUCUAAUGUAAGACUUCCAUUAGAAUUACAAGAAAAAUUACAAACAAACAAUUCGACAAUAAAUUACUCACAACAUCGAUUAUCUGUACUCCUUGAAUGGUUUUCACAGUUCGAUUCAAAUUCAAUUAAACCAUUAGAAGAUGUUAUUAACUGUUAUCCAGUUGAACAGCGCACUUCUAUAAUAAACGAUAUGAUACACGGCAUUUCUCGUUUUGUUUGCCCUCUAGAAGAAACUAAAAGUGUUAUGAGUCUAUUGAGUGAUAAAAGUUACUUUAAUGAUACUUCAACAAAUACAUCUACAACUAUUAAAUCAUCAUUCAGAUCUAGUGGAAGUGUUGAGGAUGUGAUUAAUUCACUAAAAGGUACCAUUGUAGCAUACUUAUGGCAUGAAGACUACACAAAUGGGUGGCCUCCUCGUCUUCUUUAUAAUUUCAGGAAGGGAAUAUUAUUUUCAAAACCAUCUAUUUAUUCAUCUCGUGGUGUUUUUCUUCUCACUGCAGUUGAAGAUCCAAAAUGCCCAUUCUCAGUUCAUGAAGCGUCAUUCUUAAUUCGAAGACUACACUAUCAAAUUUAUGUGUCAUUGGAACGCAGUUUAAGUAUGGAAAAUAAACUUGUCGGAUUAAAUCCUGAUGUUAUUGAAUAUAUGAGACAAAAUGAUAAAUUAGUGAUGUAUCAAAUCCCAGUCAAAUAUAUUCCUUUAGAUUUCAACAAAGUUAGCACAGAUGAAGUUAUUAAAGAAAAUCUGGGUUUCGUCAAACUACCGGAAAACAAUUUAAUCCCUAAGUUACUUUACAGUUUAGCAGUAGUCUUAUCAUUUUGGUUUCAACAAUUAAAGUAUACCUCUAUUGAGAUCCCUUCUGUGUUUAGUGAGUCGUCUGUUGGACUUGCUGUAGCUUCUUGUGCUGUCGCAAAUAUAUACAACGAUGGUUCGUCUAUUAGUGAAUUAUGUGAAUUUUAUAAUAAUCUAAGCAGAAUGCCUGAUCAGUUGUCGAUUUCAGGUAGCAAUUCUACUAAUUUCAGAAUUGAUAUUGUACACAGCUUUAAUGCUAUACAGUCAACUUUUAACAGUUUUAAAGAUUUGGUUACAACUCUCAACUGUCUUGUGCUAGAGAAUAAACAGUCAAAUUAUUUCACUUUUGGACAGUCUUGGAUACUGUUUCCCUCUGGAAAGCUGGUACAUUUUUUAGCUACUCAGUUAGCUUCUUUAGAGCCCUGUGGUAGACGUUAUUCAGUCAUAAGAGUAUGGCUUCCGAAACUUCUCUUUAUUAAACAAAGAAAUCCCGACGCAACAUCUAGGCUGACCAAAGCGAUAAAUACUUUGAUCACUUUUAUUGAUCUUUGUGAUAUGAUUAAAAUUAGUCUUCCAUCAUCUUUAGAUUCAUUUUAUAGCAUCCAUGAAUUAGAAAGCAAUUAUGUCCGUGAAACGAUGCAUACGGUUCCUAACCUAUGUGAUCGAAACAAUACGAAUCUAGUUAAUAAACCAAGUAAUUCAACAUUUAAUGUAAUAUUUCCUCGUGGCUGUCGAGAAAGAAGAGAAAACAGAACGAGUAACAAAAGGAUUUAUAACAAACCUUCAGCUGAAAAUAUUGUGCAUAGUGCUCAAGUACGUUGUCUUUUCCAAAGUAAUUUCCAUUCAACAUAUGGAAAAACCUAG